GUGCUGCCGACUACAGUCUGGGACCACCGCAGCGGCGCCCGCUUCCUCGUGGGCGGCCUAGCUGCCAGCUCCGACUUGCAGGAACUCCGUAAGCACAACGUGCGGCUGGUGAUUGUGUGCUUGGACCACAUGCCUCGCCAUCAGCUGGACAAGAACAUCCAGCGGAUCCA